AUAGUAUACAAUAAAUGACACAAAGCUAUAGACAUUGAAUUCAUACACAAAAAGCACAGAAUAUUCUCUCUCUUUCUGUGAACGGAUGGUUGUAAUGCCUUUUUGUGUGCGUAAAGUCUGUAAUACUGUAUGUGUAUACUAUACACAGUAAGACAUCGAUAAUACUACCAGUGCUAUACCAGUAUAUAGACAGACAAACAUACAUUACUAGUGCUCUGAGCCAUUGAGGCCAUGUUGUAAAGUGCUCUUUGAGGAGAGUUUACGCUAGAGUUUUAAGUUUUUCAUCACUAAAAUAAAACAAACAGAUUGUGUCUUCAAAAAUUUUUAUCAUCAGUUUAUCAAAAAAAAAAAUUCAUUUAUUUUUUUCAGUGACACCCAUAUAAUCGUCUGAUGUUUUUUCUUGUUGUUGUUGUAUAUAAAUAAUAAUAUUUUUAAAAAAAAAUAUGAUAUGAAGAGAUUUGAUCCCAAGAUAAGACCACCACAUUAUGGGCCCGAAGUUGUUGUCGGGUCAUCAUUACAUAGUGUCGAUAAUAAUAGUAAUAAAAAUAAUAAUAUAAACCAGACUAACAAUCAGUCUGCGGCCACGGCUGUCGUCGCCGUAUGUUUGGGCAGCGCUUUCUUCAUAUUGGUCGUAGCGGCCACUACGUGCUAUUUUUACCGUCGGCGAAAAAGUGACCAAUUUGGCCACAAGACACUGUUGAUCAAACGUAAUAUACCAGUUGACCAGUCGCUGUCGUUUAAGAAAUCAUCGGCCGUCAAGAGUCCCGGCUCUGGCGGCGGUCUACUCAAGAAGAGUCCGAGUCCUACGGGCAAUAAGAGUCCUCCCGGAUGUAAUAGUAAAUCACUAGCAGAUAGACAUUCCUCGUCACCCAAUAAUACCAGUCCUAUAAUUGAUGGCAUCAAAGAAGUAGUCAUUCCUAUUGAAAAUCAUGUACUCAGCGAUAAUUUUGAAAAUGAAGACAAAGAGAAUGUAUAUAAAGACAAAAACGAGACAUAUUUGGGUAAAUUAUACUUCAAAUUGAAAUAUAAUUACGAAAAGCGAGCCCUUUGUGUAACAAUAAUCAAGUGCUCGGAUUUGCCGCCGAAAGACCCGAACUUCGGAAGUUCUGAUCCAUAUAUUAAGCUCCAGUUGUUACCAGAAAAACAGCAUAAAGUUAAGACACGAGUAUUGCGUAAAACCCAAAAUCCCGUUUACGACGAAGACUUUACUUUCUAUGGCAUUAAUCCAAACCAUUUGCAGACAACUGUUCUCCACUUUAUUGUCCUCAGCUUUGAUAGAUAUUCAAGAGAUGAAGUCAUCGGCGAAGUCUUCUGUCAUCUGAAUUCCGUUGAAUUUGAUUCGCUUGAAAAACAAAUCCAUUUAACAAAAGAGAUAUCUCCACGAAGUCAUAAAAUGAGAUUACAGGGAAGGGGAGAGCUGUUAGUAUCCCUGUGCUAUCAACCGGCGGCCAAUCGACUAACUGUAGUCAUACUGAAAGCCAGAAAUUUGCCAAAAAUGGAUUUGACAGGACUUUGCGAUCCAUACGUUAAGAUAUAUCUAUUGCAUAACAAUCAGCGUAUUAUUAAAAAGCGAACUCACGUUAAGAAGAGGACCACUUCGCCGGUCUUUAACGAAAGUUUUGUGUUUGACAUACCCUAUAACGAGGGUUUGGAUAACGUUAGCAUCGAGUUUAUGGUACUGGACUACGACCGGCUGACCAAAAAUGAAGUCAUCGGCAAACUAGAGUUAGGACCGAAAACCGGUUCACCGACACAACAGAAGCACUGGCAGGACGUGAUAGCAUCGCCCCGAAGACAGAUUGCCGAAUGGCAUAAACUUAAAGAGUGACUUUAUUUUCAAUUAAAAUAUUUAUUGAUAUUUUUUAAUUAUUAUUAUUAAUUAAUUAGUUAUUA